AUGAAUGAAAAUUUAGACCAACAAGUGUUUGUGUCUAUGAUUAGAAGCAAACUUCCCAGUGAAGUUCUUCUUCACCUUGAAGUACAAAAGGGUGCUGAUACUAAAUGGUGUAUUAAAACGUUACGGGAUUUGCUUCGUAAAUACAUAGUUUCUAGGGAAAAAUCUGACAAACCAAAGUCUCUGAAUGACUCGAGUCAGUAUGUGAAUAAGCAAACAAAUCCUCAUACGAAUAGACAUACGAGCAUGUCAAAUCGUUAUAAAAGCCAACCACAGACAAACUAUUCUGGAGGAGCAUUAGUUGCGAAUGAGAAAAGGAAAGUUUUACUUCCAUCAGCGAAGAUAUGCAGAUACUGUAGCAAAAAUCACUGGAGUGAUGAAUGUAAUAGAUACAAAACUAUUGAAGAAAGAAAGUCAAAGUUAAAAGGAUGCUGCUUUAGAUGUUUAAGAGAAGGGCACACGUCUUCUGACUGUAGAAGUAGUAGAAUAUGGGAAUACUGUGACAAAUCAAAUGUACAUCAUCGAAGUCUUUGCCCGAAAAGGUUUAAAGGUCCUGUAAGGAGAGAAACAGCUAUUGUUUCAAAAGAAACAAUAUAA